UGGCCUUUGUCGCUGUCAACAAUGGCCCCACAGGCCUUCCAGGCAUGAGCCCCUGGGGAUCCAGAGGCAGACAUGCAGACCCUGCGGCGGGAGGCUGCCCGGCCCUACGUCCCCCGGGGGACCCUUGAAGCAGAUUUCCCAGCACCUCUGUACAGCGAUGACUACCUGUCCGUGGAGGGGCCCCGCUGGACACCGGCCAUCAGGCAGGCAGUGCGCUGGAAGUACGCCCCCAUGGGGCGCGAUGCAGCCAGUCAGCUGUGGUACACCGGCCUGACCAACUCCGAGUCCCGGGAAGCCCGGUGCAGGCUCCCGCGGGCCCUGGACAGCCCGUACCGCCAGGCCUAUGCGCAAUGGCAUGGAUGUCACGGUCACCGGGAGCAAAGCAUGCCCUUGGGUGAGUGCUCAGCCUGGCCUGCCCCAAGGGGGGGGGCAAGGACCACAGAUGACUUCCUACCCGGUAGCCCCCAACAGCCUACACCCAGCGCCUCCGGGAGACCGCCUGGUCCGACCCUGCCCUCCCCGCCCAGUACAGGGCCCCCAGGACGUGGUGGACAGACAGACCCAUCCGGGGCAAGGAAUACGGUGAGCAGGGCGGGGGUGGGAGGCGAUCGGGGGAGCAAGGCCACCUCGGCUGCGGUUCAAACUGCGCGGGGACAGGCGGUGACCUGGGUCCCGGCCCCCCACAGUGGUCAACAGGCCCCAACACUGGGCGGAGUCACCGCGGCAGGGCUCCGACUACGUGCCGUUCCUGUCGGUUCCCCAGCGCCCCCGCUACACCGCGCAGAACUAUAGGCAAUGGGACCUGGAGCCUUACUGUCCCUCCACCAAC